UAAAAUAAAAUCUGAAUUACACAGAUUCUAGAUAUAUAUUUUUUACGAUAGAGUGUUUUUCAUUGUUUACGAAAUCUGGCAAAUAUGUCCUCUGGGUUUGUUGACUAAUAGUAGUAAUAGGAAAUAAGAAAUUUGAAUACUGGUACCUUUCUUUAUAAACUCAAAAGUUGACAAUGGAUGACAUUUUUUCACAAGUGAGAGAAGGGAACGCCUUUAAUGUGCGUGUGUGGCUGGACAACACAGAAAAUGAUCUCAAUAAAGGAGAUGACCACAGGUUUAGCCUUCUUCACUGGGCUGCUCGUGAAGGGAGAGACAAUGUUGUAGAGAUGUUGAUUAAAAGGGGUGCCAGGAUCAAUGCCACCAACAUGGGAGAUGACACCCCGAUUCAUCUGGCUGCUGCUCAUGGUCAUAGGGAAGUAGUCAUCAUGUUAUUACAAAACAAAGCUAACGUCAAUGCCAUCAAUGAACAUGGGAACACUCCAUUACAUUACGCUUGCUUUUGGGGAUUUGAACAGAUUGCAGAGGACUUGGUCAACUAUGGGGCUCUGGUCAGCAUAGCCAAUAAAUUUGGUGAUGUUCCUCUUGACAAGUGCAAGCCUUAUCUGGCCAAAAUUCUGAAAGACCGAGCUGUCACAUUGGGUCAAGACUUGAGUAGAAUACCUUUCAAGGACAGGAGCUGGCUGGGAUACAAGACACGCAGCAGAGAUGCAAUUUUGUCCAGACACACUGGUAUUGACAUCAAAGAACUGCAACUGGUUGGACACAUUGCUAAGACACACUCAGGGGAGAAUUGGAGAGGUACGUGGCAAGGAAAUGAAAUAGUGGCUAAAAUUCUCAGCAUGAAAUCAAUCUCCGACAGAAACAUCAGAGACUUUAAGGAGGAGUUACCAAAACUUAGGAUCUUCAAUCACCCAAAUGUUUUGGCUGUCCUUGGCUGCUGUGUGCCUAAAGAUAUUCCAGACUUGGUGGUAAUCAGCCAGUUCAUGCCAUUUGGCUCACUCUACAACACACUGCAUGGAGAAUCUGGGAUCGUAGUUGAUCAGAACCAGGCUUUGAGGUUUGCCAUUGACAUUGCUCGCGGUAUGGAAUUUCUUCACUCAAUGGAACCUUUGAUCCCAAACUUUAUUUUGACAAGCAAACACGUCAUGAUUGAUGAGGACCUGGCUAAAAUAAAUGUGGAUGAUCCCAAGUACACAUCAGGGGACCCAACCCUGAAUGGGAUUGAUGAAGAUUUAACUGCCAAGAUCAACAUGGCAGACUACAAAUUUUCUUUCCAUGAAAAAGGAAAACUCUUCUCUCCAGCUUGGUGUGCACCUGAAGCCCUGCAGCGUGCCCCUGAAGACAUCAAUGUGAGAGCUGCUGACAUGUGGAGCUUUGCCAUCUUGCUCUGGGAACUGGAGACCAGGGAGGUUCCUUUUGCCGAGCUAGAGCCUAUGGAAAUUGGAAUGAAGGUUGCACUAGAAGACUUGAGAAUAUCAAUACCUCCUGGCAUAUCCAACCACAUGAACAGGCUGAUCAAGAUCUGCAUGAAUGAAGAGCCAGGGAAGAGGCCCAAGUUUGACAUGGUCAUCCCUAUCUUGGAGAAGAUGAAGCUGUCUAGCUAGAGUGCUUCCCCUUGGUCUGAAUAACCCACUUGUUCAGGAAGGAGUGUACCAUUAUUACCAGUGUAUUUAUUGUAUCAGAAAUACCUACUGCUUCUUACAGUGGCAGUGAUGUACGUACAAACUAAAGUGUUUUUUAUUUGUUUCACUUGUAAAGUAAAAAAAAAAUAAGAAAAGGGAGAAAUAUGAGUUCUUUUUUUUUAUGUGUUAACUCCCUUUUUUUUUUCAAGGUGCUAUUGUAAUGGGAUGUGCUUUCAGCCCAUUACCUUCUUCUUUGAGUGUGAUAUCUAUGUUGUUGUAUUAUUUAGCAAAUAAUAGAGACCUCUGAAGUACCUGCAUAAUUAUGAAAAGCUAAUUCAAGAUACUGUCAGUAAUCUUGUAGCUGUCCUCCUUGCUGGGAUAUUUUUUAUGAAGAAUUUGAGUUUUCAAACUUUUUCACUCAAGAUUUGUCUUGAGUCAACCCUAUCCCCAAACUCCAAUGAUAAGCUUAAACGCCGAAACUCUUCUUUCUUCGAAGAGAAUGUUUUGUUAAGUUAAUGUCAGAUAUUUUUUUUCUACUAAAGUGCUCCAUGCUCCCUGUUUUUUUUUUGUUUGACUGCCAGCUUCAUAAGUUCACCUUCCAUUUGUUGUAUUAUAUGUAGAUAUUGUAGACAUGUUCAGGAACAACAGUAGCUCUGCGUUGUUGUUACUACAUUCUGACCUAAGGGCUCAAUGCAGACUUUUUUUGUCUUCCAGAAUUUCUUGAUCUUUUCAUUUCCCAUUGGUUCUUCAAUUUCCUCGCAAUUCUCAAUUAGUUCAUUCAAAGCGCUUUCCUUGUAGCUUUCAUUUUGAUCAUUCAAGGUACCUUCUGUGCAUCUACCACUUGAUUCCCAUUCUCAGAUGAUAUGUAUUUAUAUAAAAAAAAAAAUAUUGCAUGCUUAGGACAGGGUUGGCCUUAGGUAAAUAGACGCCGUAGGCAAAGUGAAUUUGGUGGCCCGAAAUGAAACAGAAAUAAUUAAAACUAAAAUGACAGAAUUACGCAAGUUAUUGAAAACCUACCUGUAUUCAAAUCUAAGCCAAUGAUUAACUGAAAUUCAUAAAGAUCUAUUUCUAUAGUUGUAACAGAGUUCCAUAAGCUUCUUAAACAUACUCAUGCAGAUGUCUUAAACCUUCAACAUACCAGACUCGUAAUAAAGUUUCGACCUUCUCACCCAAAGGAAGUAACAAGUGUCUUCUAGCAUAUGUAGUCUAACAAGUGUAAAAAACUUAUGUCUUUGUCUAGACUUAGAGCUAGGCUUGUUAACAUAGAGCUCUGCUACGUUUAAGAAUUGAUCCAAGUUUUAAAAUUUACAAAAAUAGUUUUUUAGUCCUCUGCAAGGCCCCCAUCAAUUGGAUGCCCUAGGCCUCUGCCUAGUUUGCCUAUACCUAAGGCCGGUCCUGCUUCAGAUUAUUUUUUUAUCAUGCUACCAGAAUACGAAGCUUAUGUUAUUUAACUUGUGUACUCUCAUAUUGUUUGUAUGACUAAAAGUCUUAUUAUUGUGUAUGUAUUUAUAUUACAAAUAAACUGAUCUCUAUAAGGAGAUAAUUUGAAUUGAUAUUUCUACCAGUAACACUACAAAUUAUCUUGUCAUUUUCUGUGCGGCAGACUCAAUUAUUAUUUGUUACGACAGGCAGGCUUACUUAUUUUCUGCCUGUCUAAACUAUUUAAAUGGAGGUGAAAGACCUAUAAUUAAUUCUUUACAUUAUUCAGUCACAUAUUAUAGUUGUGUUUGUGGACUAGUUAGGACUGCCAUAGUGUUUGAUUCAUAUAUAUGUUGAUAUCACAGUUGAAGUCACAUUUGUUGCAUACAAAAUGGGGUUUAGGUCAUGCUUUGCUUCUGUCCUGAACCUUUAACAGUUUUCUGAUAAUCUACAAUUCUGUGAAUUUACAAUCAAAUGUCCAUUCAUAAUUAUAUUAUUUUUAUUUGUGAAUAUUGAAGUAAAGUGUAUUUAUUGCAACUUUAAUCAUUGACUAAACUCUUAAUGCUUAUGCUCUCUACAAAGUUUAGGUCUACUAGGGUUAGGAUCAUGUUUAUGUCAUGUAGACUAGCUGACUGAUGUCACAUUUUUGAUGUUAACUUUGAACAUCACACUUUGUACUUUUCCAUUUUGUAUCUUAAAUGGUUAGAAAAAAAAAUGUUUCUAUUCCUACGCCCAGCACCUUAUUUAGGCCAUUCAUUUGUAGACAACAUAGUAUAGAAUAUGCUAUAUAACAUCACUUUCGAUUUAAAAAAAAACACAAACUUUGACAAAUCUUAUCUUGUUUUAAUAAGCUCUCCAGAAGUGUACAUAUAAUUCAUUUACUUACAAGAGAUUCUUUUUAAAUAUGAAUGUCCAAAGACAUUAUUCUAAUCUAGUCCUUUUAUAGACUUGGUUCAGUCAUUCCCACCAAAAACAACAAACAAUGUAUUUUUUUUUUCUUCUUUGAGAUUUUCAGUUGUUUACAUCUUGGUAUAAAUGUUGGACAGAAUGGAAGAAUCACAAGCCUUUUAUUGCAAGCUUUGUUUGACUCUGUCUUGGUUGUGUUUAGAUAUAGACCUAGGUUGAUGUUUGACAGACUUUUUUUUUUUUUUUUUGUUAUUGAAUAGCAAUAAUUCUGUAUCUUUGUAUGUACUUUGUAUGUAUUGGAAUGUGUUGGCUUUGUUGGUGUGUCUGUGUAUGUUUUAAAUAGAGACCACCACAUAAAUAGUUCGAACAUUUCUAAAAUUCCUGUCAGAAGGGAUCAUUUUAAUGUCAGAUAAAGAGUUCGAGCUAGCAUGUUGCUGUUGAAUACAAUAUCUUAAUAGUAACUCAACUGAUUUUGUCAGUUAUAGGUUGUUUUUUUUUAAAUAUGUGUUGACAUAUUUUGUGUUAUGUUUGAAUUUAAAUCACAUUGAUUAAUUACACUUUUAUAUAGUCACUAAUUGGUCACAUGUUCAUAUCAACUGGUUCAAACUGUUGUAUUUUUAGCUGUUUGUGAAGUAGAGCAAACCUUUCAAUAAAAAGAAUAGUACAUGAAGUAAUACAUUUUAUGUUUAAACAUUUCUAUCGUUGUGUGACUAGAUCUGAUGCCUGCAGGACCAGUAAGUCAAUAGAACAGUAUUUCAUGUUGUAUUAUGACUAUUCAUUUGUCAGUGAACAGGGGGUUGGUAGACAGAAAAGAAGGCGGGGGGGGGCUCAAGGAAAUUUUUUUUGGGUGUUGAGUAGGUCACAUUUUUUGGAACGUGACUUCUGCAAUUGUUUUGCCUUUAAUAAGAGAAUGUAAGUCUGAUUAAAUUUUCUGAGUCAAGAUCAAAUUGUACAGACUCUGAGGGUAUUCUUUUUACCUGUGUGUGUCUCAAGUACUUAUAGGAAGUAGGUGGACAUGAUAAUAUCCUGGGAUUUAAACCUCAAUUUCACAAGCAGUUCACUUUUAUUUUCAUCCUCUUCCCCCCCCCCCCCCCCCCCCCCCAAACCAAAAAAAAAAUACCACCCAUCAUCUGCCAACUAGAGUUUAAAUAAUUACAAACUAUAACAAUUCUUUUUUUUUUUUUUUUUUUUUUGUUUCAUUUGUUUCACCCACCAUCUGCCAACUAGAGUUUAAAUAUUUAUAAACUAAAAUGAUGAUUAUGUUUUUGGUUUCAUUUGUGUUCCAACAGUAGCUUAGUCUUGCUGUGUCUGCUGCAUUCUGUCAAAUGGUAUUUCAGGAAUGAUCUUUCUGCUUCUUCUGUAACAACUUGCUAUGUGUUCAUUGUUACACUUCUUAAAGCUCAGCAAAUAGUUUACAAUUACAGAUGGUCCAAGUCUUAGUUCAGUUACAUUUCAAAUUGGGUGUGCAAUGCAAUACUUUAUUGACAUGCUUGUUACUGUUAAGGAUUUUUGUUUAUGUAAUACUGGUAUACACUCUAGGAAUAUGCCUUUUUGUUAUGUAAAGAUUUUAAUUAAAUCAAGCAUUUUAAAACUUAAACCUUUUUUUUGUUUAAUGUGAAUAAAUCAUUACAUAACUAAUAUGCUAAGGGAGAUAGAAAUAAGCACAAAGGAUGAUCAACAUUUUAUUCUGUAUUUCUCUCCCCUUUAUAACAAGACAAUUUUCAUAUUUAUAUAGAUGUAAUAAAAUAUAUAUUACAAUUCCCAAUGUUGUUAAAUGUUGGAGGUAGAAAACUCAAACCUCAAAGCACACUUCAUGGUCCCAGUAGUUUACUGUGCCAUUUACACUCUUUUUAUUUUCAAAUUGGUCUGUGACCAUAGAGUGGCUACUUCUUGUUGAGAUUAAAACUUUGUUCUAAAUAAUAGUUGACAGUAACAUGAGUUAUCCUUUACAAGUCUAUAUAGAUGUCACAAUAGAUGUAUAGCUAUGUCACAAUAUAUGUAUACUUGACUAAAUAUCUCAAUAUUAAUACAUUAUUUGUGGUAACCAAAAAUGUAUAGUUGUAUUUUUUUUAGCCUAAUUAUUUAUAGAAUUUUUGUUUUGUUUUGGAAACCAAGUUUUUGUUUUGUAGAAGAGCUGUGCUUAUGUUACAAAUCUAUUUUGUAGUGGUUUCUCUGCCUUAUAUUCUGUACAUGAUUUCAAUAGAACUGCCUUACAUUAAUACAUUAUAUAUAUAUAAAGACAUAUACAAGUCUGGAUGUUUUUGUAUGGUCAUAAAUUUUGUACCAAAAGUAUUUGCUGCUAGUAAAUAAAUUAUUUUUUUUUUUGGCUUUAAAA